CUCUGUCCUGGCUCCCGCCGCCACGAGGCUAGGGUGGAGAGCGGGCUGACAGGGGCCUUCCACCCGCCGCAGGUUGGGGGCCCGACUGCUGCCGUCACCGCCUUUUGUGUGGGCCUCGCUGGUGCAGGCAGGGAUACCCCCACCCAGCCCAGCGCGGGAUUUCUCACAGCGCGGCGGCGGGCAGGCCGCAGGGCACCGUCAGUGCACCGGCCAGCGGGGCCGCCGGAGCCGUCCCAUGGGGAGAGGCGAACGGCGGGACGGGCCUGGCCGCGGACUGUGGCGGCGGCCGCUGUCCUUCGAGCUCCCCGGCGACCCCCGGGCCCGCCGCGCCGUUCCCUGAGCGGCUUCAGCCUUGGCCCGGCGGUGGGAGGCGGGAGAGGGCCUCACCAUGCCGGAGCAGGCCGUGCUGCGGGCUGCUGUUCCAGUUUGAAAGUACCUCUGAGUUCUUGUCUGCUUUCCUGGAAUGGUUGUCGUUUCCCACCUCCCACGGAGGAAUGAAUUAGGCUCGGAGCUGGCGCCUGCUCAGGUACCCGUGCAGAGCCCUCGGUAAGCCAAGAGAGAGCUGUACCCUGGGCUGCUUCCCUUGCCCUUUCCAAGUGUGAGCACAUCACAGCCAGCAUGGAGAAGGACCUCUUCUUGUCUUCAAGGCACUCGCUUCUGCCUCCUGUUCUUUUGAUGAAAAAAGAAAAAGCCAAACCAAAUUAGUCCACAAAGAACUUGUGCUGAUCCAAGGAGGAGGCUCUGGAGUCUUAGUCACGUCUUUGCUUCUCAGGAUCCUGGCUGUGGUCUGGAUUUUCUGUCCUUGACUUCAGCAGAUCAGCUACAGGGAAUCAGGAUCUUGGAUACUUUCAAUUUUUGUUUUUACUUGAACCCUUUCCACCAAGAAACUGAAGCUGUUGCUGCUAAAAUCCCGUGGUUUUCCCCAAGCAUGUCAGAAAGCUGGCAGCAGCAACAGCAGCAACCACCACAGCCACCACAGCAGCACCACACUGGGGCAGCCGCCCUCCCAGAGCACUCCAUCCCAUCCAGCACUGCUGACAACCCCUUGGGCUGUUCUGUCUACGGCAUCCUGCUCCAGCCAGACCCUGGUCUGCAGCACCAGCAGCACACCUCCCUCCAGGCUGGCGAGCUAUCCCACAAAUGUGGAGUGUGUGGCCACGACCUUGCUCACCUCUCCAACCCCCAUGAACACCAGUGCUUGCCAGGCCAUGACCGUUCUUUCCAGUGUACUCAGUGCCUGAAGAUCUUCCACCAGGCCACUGACCUUCUUGAACACCAGUGCAUCCAGGUGGAGCAGAAGCCCUUUGUGUGCGGUGUCUGCAAAAUGGGCUUCUCCCUCCUGACCUCACUGGCGCAGCACCACAAUGUCCACAACAGCAAUGCCAUGAAGUGCUCUAUCUGUGAGAAAACCUACAAGCCCCCUGAGGCAGAGCAUUCACAGCCUCUCGAUGCCUCAGAGAAACCCUACAGCUGCUCCAUCUGUCAGAAAACUUUCAAGCACCUCUCGGAGCUGUCUCGGCAUGAGCGCAUCCACACGGGCGAGAAACCCUACAAGUGCACGUUGUGCAACAAGAGCUUCAGCCAGUCGUCCCACCUGGUGCACCACAAGCGAACGCACAGCUCAGAGCGGCCCUACAAGUGCACGGUGUGCGAGAAAACCUUCAAGCACCGCUCUCAUCUGGUGCGCCACAUGUAUGCACACUCUGGGGAGCACCUUUUCAAGUGCAACAUCUGCGAGCUGCACUUCAAGGAGUCAUCGGAGCUGUUGCAGCACCCCUGCACGCCCAGCGGGGAGCGGCCCUUCCGCUGCGGUGAGUGCCAGAAGGCUUUCAGGCGUCCGUCUGAUCUGCGGCAGCAUGAGCGCACACACAGUGAGGAGCGGCCCUUCAAGUGUGACCUGUGCCAGAUGAGCUUCAAGCAGCAGUACACACUGAUGCGCCACCGCCGCACACACAAGGCUGAGGAGCCCUUCAAGUGCAACCUGUGUGAGAAGGGCUUUGUGCAGCCCUCGCACUUGGUGUACCACCAGCACAUGCAUGGUAUAGAAAACCUCUUCAAGUGCAACAUGUGCCAGAAGGGCUUCAGCCAGUCCUUGGAGCUGCUGCGGCACAAGUGCAUGCAGAACGCAGAGCGUCCCUUCAAGUGCGGCAUAUGUAACAAGUCCUACAAGCGGGCCUCGGCGCUGCAGAAACACCAGCAGGCCCACUGCUCCGAGAAGCCCCUCAAGUGUGCACUCUGUGAGAGACGUUUCUUCUCCUCGUCAGAGUUCGUGCAGCACCACUGUGAUCCGGCCCGUGAGAAGCCCCUCCAGUGCCCUGACUGUGACAAGCGGUUCAGGUACGCCUCGGACCUACAGCGCCACCAGCGCGUGCACACCGGUGAGAAGCCCUACAAGUGCCCCUCCUGCGAGAAGGCCUUCAAGCAGCGUGAGCAUCUCAACAAGCACCACAGCGUGCAUGCUCGGGAGCAGCAGUACAAGUGCAUGUGGUGUGGGGAGCGGUUCCUGGACUUGGGCGUGCUGCAGGAGCACAGCAUCCAGCACACAGCUGAGGGUGCCUACCAGGCGGCUGCCUGCUUGUCAUGAACCUUCUGCCCCUUGGCAG